AUGGUCUCUGAAGUUGGUCAUCUUGGGGACGCGUAUCAGGAGUGGGUUCACCAACCUAUUGUAAGCAAGGAAGGCCCUAGGUUUUUCGAGAGUGAAUUUUGGGAGUUCUUGACUCGCACUGUUUGGUGGGCAAUUCCAGUCAUUUGGCUGCCAGUUGUUUUCUAUUUUAUCUCAUUGUCUGUGAAGAUGGGCCAUACUGUUCCAGAAAUUGCCUUGAUUGUGGCCUUUGGCAUAUUUGUGUGGACAUUGCUGGAAUACACUUUGCACCGUUUCCUUUUUCAUAUCAAAACAAAGAGUUACUGGGGAAACACCAUGCAUUAUCUUCUUCAUGGCUGCCAUCAUAAGCACCCUAUGGAUGGCCUUCGGCUUGUUUUUCCUCCUGCAGCAACAGCCGUUCUAUUAGUACCAUUCUGGAACUUGAUUAAGGUUUUAGCCACUCCUUCCACUGCUCCUGCUUUAUUUGGUGGUGGUUUGCUAGGCUAUGUGAUGUAUGAUGUCACUCAUUACUACCUGCACCAUGGUCAGCCCACAAAGGGAGUACCUAAAUCUCUUAAGAAAUAUCACUUAAAUCAUCACUUCCGGAUUCAAAAUAUGGGCUUUGGAAUCACUUCAUCAUUUUGGGACAGGGUCUUGGGUACACUUCCUCCCCAGAGUAAAGCUGAGAAGGGUACAUAAAUUUUAUUGGUUGUGUUAGCUGAGAAGGGCUGGGUUUUCAAAAUGCCUUUUUAUUAUUGUGCUCCCAAAAAUAUUCUUUUUUUAUAUUUCUUUCUCCUGUCUAGUUAUUUCUCUCUAGUCCUCGGAUUAACUCUAGAUGGUUCUUCAAGAGUUAGCAGCAUUUGAUGGACCAUGUCCCUCAUGUGGUAUCAUUUGGGGGGGGAGGUUUGUAUAAAAUGGAUGUAACAUUCAAUAUUUUGUGGUUUCUUUCUCUUAUUUAUUAAUUUUUCAUUCCGUU